UUAUAAUUUUAUUUUAUUUUUAAUUACAUACCAAAUUAUCAUACCAAAAUUAUGUGUAGUAGUUUUCAAUGUUUUGAAACAAAUAUUGAAACAAGCUUGAAUUCUUAAUUGUUAAACAGUGUUUUACAGCAAGACCAUGCUGAAGUUGACCGAUCGUUUCCUGGUCUGUUCAGGAACAUUUCGUAAAUUUCCUUGACUAUCAAAAUGGUCAUUGACAGAGUGAAAUGUCAGUUAAUAAUUGUGACAAUGCUCCUAGAACACUACACUGAGAUCGGGAAAUGAACUCCAACCGUUAGUAUUUAUUUAAAUACAAUAAUUGUAGUAGAACAGUCAACUUCACCCCAAAUUACGGUUUCCAAUUUUUGAACAAGUGUAGCAAGCAACACUUGUUGCUGCGAAAAGUGAUUAAAUUUUCCCUUCAAACACACAGUUCCGGAUGAAAGAGCUUAGUAGUGAUACUCUGUGAAACCUAGGAGGAGGAUACCCGUGUUCAACUCUGAUGGGAAAUAAUGAUGCACUCUGAGGGUUGCUAGAGUGCUACACAGUGUGGAUCGAAUAUAAGUGGAUCCAGUUCAGAGAGUGGAAGUGGAGCAGUGAUGAUGGUUAGCCGAGUAAUUGGUGAUACAAAAGAAGUAUUGUGCGUUGCGUUCACAACCGCGCGGUAAUCGUUUAACAAAGUGAAAUAUUCCAUGCGAGCAUAACAAUACGGGAUUUAUUGGGUGUGAGUGCGUGUGUUCCAGCAGAAAAUAAUUAGUAAAACCAAUAUGGAGUGAAUACUUCGGGGGGAAUGGAUUUGGUGGAAUAAUUGAGGAGCCCAUACCUAUGCUACACAUGCAUCCGGUUUACAUCGAGUGUCGUUCACGUGGUGCAGUAAUUUAUUGUGCGAUUCCAAUCAGAAGCUGUAUUCAAUUAAAUUGCAAUUUAGAUAGUGAGUGGAGGGUGGAGAGGGUUUUGUGAUUCGGCGAGUUACACAUCGAUGCAUUUUUUUAAGUGGAAUGAUUGGUGCAUCCGGUUCUAGGAGGACGGUCCAGUGAAUAAGAACUGAUGCUCUAUCAUCAUCAAGCUCCAAUGACGGACAUUCGCCGACCUUAGCUCGGCAACCCCAGCCAAGUGUCCCUCGAAGACAAUGACAACCAAUCUAUCAUCUAUUCUGUUCGAAUCACUGUACACUAAUAUUGCUGCCGCGGCAAACGCUACCAAUAAUGGAUCCACAUCGGACAGCUACACGACCGAUGAUGCAUUCAUCGGCGGAGCACAGUGGACACCGGGGGGAUUGGUUUCCCUGUUGGCCACCGAGCGUUCAGAACCCAUCACCACAUCAUCAUCAUCAUCACCAUCAUCAUCAGCGUUCGAUGCCGCCGCCAAUGGCACCGGAUGGAACAAAAUCCCCAACCAGCAGCCACUCCUUCUGGUACCCGCCUAUCUAUCAACGCUGGCAACGAUGGCCUCCAACUUCGUAGAAACGAACGCAACGACCAACGUGACACUUUCCUACGAAGACUGCGGCCUGCUCAAUGUGACGUACGGUCCGGAUGGCCUCAGCAACAGCCACCCGUGGAUCCUGUGCCUGCCGCACGCGCCCACACUCAGCAAAACGGGCGUCAUUCGAGUUGUGGUCCUGUCGGCGAUGGCCAUCGUUUCGCUGCUCGGGAACAUCGCGACCAUGUGGAGCAUCCAGAAAAAUCGCAAAUCUCGCCGACUGGCGCGACACAAUUGGAGCGCCAUCUACUCGCUGAUUUUCCACCUCUCCAUAGCGGACCUGCUGGUCACGGUGUUCUGCAUCAUCGGGGAAGCGGCGUGGAGCUACACGGUCGAGUGGGUCGCCGGAACGGUGGCCUGCAAGCUGUUCAAGCUGCUCCAAAUGUUCAGUCUGUACCUGUCGACCUACGUGCUGGUGCUGAUCGGCGUUGACCGGUGGGUGGCAGUCAAGUAUCCGAUGAAAUCGCUCAACACGGCCCGCCGGUGCCAUCGGUUUCUGUGCGGGGCCUACUCGCUGUCGUUCCUGCUCAGCAUUCCACAGUGGAUGAUCUUCCGGGUGGCGAAAGGUCCCUUCCUGGAGGACUUCUACCAGUGUGUGACGCACGGUUUCUACACCGACCGGUGGCAGGAGCAACUGUACACCACCUUCACCCUAGUAUUUAUGUUCAUCAUCCCGUUGCUAAUUCUCAUUGGCACAUAUCUCUCCACCUUUAGGACUAUAUCAAGUAGUGAGAAAAUAUUUAGGAUAGAAACGUCGGCCGUCGACCGGUCCUACUAUCGCCGCUCGGACACCAACCGGCAACGACUGAUACACAAGGCCAAGAUGAAAUCCCUCCGAAUUUCCGUCGUGAUAGUGGUCGUUUUCAUCGUCUGCUGGACACCGUACUACAUCAUGAUGCUGAUAUUUAUGUUCCUCAACCCGACCGAGAGGCUCGGCGAGGACCUGCAGACGGGCAUCUUCUUCUUCGGGAUGUCGAACAGCCUAAUAAACCCGCUCAUCUACGGGGCGUUCCAUCUCAUUCCCAUCCGAAGGCGUCGCAAUCAGUACAAUCAACAUGUAAGGGAAGGAUCGGUGUAUUUUCAACGGUCAUCUACCUGCAACAAUCAGAAUGGCAACCACCAUCAGCAAUUGUUGCAGCAGCAGCCAGCCUCUCCACAGCAAUUGGAGCUCCAUACGCAACAGCAACAGCAGCACCAUCAUCAUCCCCAUCACCAUACGCCGCACCACCGCCACCAUCAUCAUCAGCCCUUGCAGCCCAAAAGCAGCUAUCUUUCCGCUAAUCACAAAAUGUCCCACUCGAACUCGAACCUGGCGGAGGAGAUCUCGCUGAUGGCGCUGGAAAAGGACCUCAAGAGUCUGGACGAGAACGUCAACCAGAUAAACCUGAAGGGAACGUCCUCGUCGGGCGGCAAGCGGAGCCUGGCCCGGAAGUUCUACUCCCUCAGUCAGCUGCUUCGGCGGACACGGCCUACUAAGCUGUAAAUAUCGUACAUUGCAUCGCAGCAGGCACCUGUUUUCUUGGUGUGCAAACAGCAUCAGCGCUUACUUGGAUUAUAAAUAAGUUGCUCCCCUUCCCGCGCUACUGUGCCAGAGCUUUAACAUUGAGGACUGUAUCGAAAAUGGGCUGCUGACAUUCCGAAGGAUCAUUAGACUGUUCCAAGGGAACAGCUAUAGAAAAAUGGUAAAUGCUUCCAGCUAAAUUUUCGACUCAGUCCUCAAAUGCAAUUAUAGGAAGGGAGAUUAUCUUGAAGAAUGCUCAAACGCAUGACAAGGGAAACGUGAUAACAAAGGAAACUGAUUACACGUUCCUGUAGGGCCAUCCGUUAUGCUCCGGAAUAAUUUAAGUAUUACACGUAUAUAUUUACACACACAGACACACCCACGUUAGACGACGAUUGUUUGGAGCUUAGCUCCGAGAAGAACAAAUUAUUGCUUCAAUAGGCAGCAAAGCGUAACAAGUGAGAAUAUAAAUUAUUUGUAGAGAACAAGACAGAACCUACAAAGACAGCGAAUGAACGAAACUAGAAAUGUAUAUCACUGUUAUGAGAAUCUGAGAUGUGUUUAUGAUAUUAAGAAAAACUCAACGAGAUAGCAAACAGUUUAAGCCAAGUUGCAUUGUUGUGUAAUGAAAUCAAUCAGUGGAUUCAAAUCAGAUUUUAAAAUAAAAGCAAACGGUCGUAUAUUUUAAUACAAAACAAUGAGAAAAAAAUACAUCGCCCACGACUGUCUAUCAUUUAAUUUCACAUUCCCAUAAUUAUUUCUUCGCUUACAAUGUUAUUCAACUCAUCCAUCCAACACGUGCAAACCUAUAUCUGUGGGGACCAACGGUGGAUCCGGAAUGGACUGAGAGCACGAUAUGUAUCGUUUUUAAAAUCUCACGUGUGAUAAUCGGUUCGCUUCUAGCUAAGUCGUUAUUCAUUUGCUCUCUGAAACAUAAACGGCAAACACUCCAUAAAUCAAUCAAGCGCAUG